AUGGACGCGCUGUGCAGCGCCGACCCCCGGCCCCGCGGCCGCCGCGGGGAGCCGCCCGUGUGCUCCUGCCCGGAGCCGGGCCCGGGGGCCUCCCCGCUGCCCUGGGCCCGCUUCUCCGCCUGGCUCGAGUGUGUCUGCGUGGUCACCUUCGACCUGGAGCUGGGGCAGGCCAUGGAGUUGGUGUAUCCUUAUGACUUCAGACUGACAGAAAAAGAGAAAACCAACAUCUGCUACUUGUCCUUCCCAGACUCCUACUCGGGCGGCCUAGGAGAUACUCAAUUUAGCUUCCGUCUCCGUCAGUCUGGGGGGCAGAGAAACACUCAUUUUGGGGAUGAUGGCGAAUAUAACAGAGAAGCCCCCCUAACACUACAGCGGGAGUCAGCUCAUUACUUUGGCUAUGUGUACUUCAGGCAAGUCAAGGACAGCUCAAUGAAGAGAGGUUAUUUCCAGAAGUCUCUAGUGCUGGUGUCACGCUUGCCUUAUGUGAACCUGUUCCAAUCUCUGCUGCAGCUGAUUGCUCCGGAGUACUUUGACAAGCUGGAGCCAUGCCUGGAGGCAGUGUGCAAUGAGAUUGAUCAGUGGCCACCUCCGGUGCCAGGACAGACGCUGAACCUUCCUGUGAUGGGAAUUGUCAUUCAGGUGAGAAUCCCAUCCAGGGUGGAUAAACCCGGAUCAAGUCCUUUGAAGCAGUUCAAUCAAGAGAACUUGUUACCAGCCCCGUUAGUUCUCCCCAGUGUUCAUGAACUGGAUCUCUUCAGAUGUUUCCAGCCAGUGCUAAUUCAUAUCCAGAUGCUGUGGGAGCUGAUGCUACUGGGGGAGCCAAUAGUUGUAAUGGCGCCAUCCCCUACAGUUUCCUCAGAAAUGGUUCUGGCACUUACCAGCUGUCUCACCCCUCUGAAGUACUGCUGUGACUAUCGUCCAUAUUUCACUAUCCAUGACAGCGAGUUUAAGGAGUACACCACCAGGACACAAGCCCCGCCGAACAUUGUCGUGGGCGUCACAAAUCCUUUCUUUAUCAAAACGCUCCAGCACUGGCCUCACCUCCUUCGGCUCGGGGAGCUCAAAAUGUCAGGUGACUUACCCAAACAAGUCAAGGUGAAGAAACUAACCAAACUGAAAACUCUGGACGCUAAGCCGGGAAUCUACACCUCUUACAAGACAUUUCUGCACAAAGACAAAACCCUGAUAAAGAGAUUGUUAAAGGGGAUUCAGAGGAAGCGCCCGUCUGAAGUCCAAAGUGCCCUUUUGAGGCGCCACCUGCUGGAGCUCACCCAGAGUUUCAUUAUUCCCCUGGAGCACUACAUUGCGAGUCUGAUGCCUCUACAGAGGGCCAUUACUCCAUGGAAGAAUCCUCCCCAGAUCCGUCCUUUCCGACAGGAAGAUUUCAUGAAGACCCUUGAACAUGCUGGUCCCCAGCUCACCUGUGUACUUAAGGGUGACUGGUUAGGCCUGUACAGACGUUUCUUCAAGUCUCCCAACUUUGAUGGCUGGUACCGUCAGAGACACAAGGAAAUGACCCAGAAGCUGGAGGCCCUUCACCUGGAGGCGAUCUGCGAGGCGAACAUUGUGGCCUGGAUGAAAGACAAGUCCGAGGUGGAGAUUGUAGACCUGGUUCUGAAACUUCGCGAGAAGCUGAUCAGAGCCAGGUGCCAUCACCUCCCUGUGAAGGAGGAAACGCUGCAGCGAGUGGGCCUUUACAUUGAGACCAUCAUUGGUUCCCUGCCUGAGGAUCUCCAGACUGUGCUGCACCACCACUGAGCCACCCAGCACCAGGACUCUGCUGGGAAGGGACUCCCCCAUUCACAGCAUCUCCUUCAGAGCUGCAGGGGGCUGCAGUCAGGUUUGAGGAAGAAACUUCUGCCCUGAUCCAGCACCACACUGACCUGGAUUCUGCCUGCCAGUGCGUGUGGGUUUGAGUCCUGAGCGCGGGGUGGAACUGACGACGGGAAGGUGAACUGUUUCUGUGCACAAUUGUUUGCUGUCCGGUCCUGCUUUCCCGGAGGAGCUGGAGGAGGAGAGCUGUGUGUGGCCGUCAGGG